CGUGAAUCUCGUGCCUGGAAACAUCUUUGAGGCGACAGCAAUUCUACCGAAAGCUUCCACUCAUUGCCUUGAAGCUGGUAGAAAUCCGUACAUCGAAUUUCAGCUCCCCUUGUCGAGCUCCGAAGAGGGGGCAAUUCACACGUAUCUCAACCCUUUUCAAUUCAUGUCGCUCCUUUGAGGAAGAAUGAAUACCCGACUGCGGCAUUCUUGACUGCUCUUCCACAUCUCUUUGCCAUCCAAUCCCCCAUCUACAACGAACCGUCACAUUUUCCGUCAUGGCCUCUCGCCAGGACCAGUCGCCUUCACCUCCUCAAGAUCUAUCAGGGUCUCAAUUGACCAUUCCCUCUGACUCUGAGCCAUAUUCAUCGCUAUCACCCCCGUCUUCCUCACCGCCUCAAUCGUCAGAUAAUAAUGGCACCCAGCCAGUUGUAAUAUAUCAGCCGCCAACGAUAUGGUCGAUCCUGAGAGGAGCCGCGAUAAACCUCGUCCUGCCCUUCGUCAACGGUAUGAUGCUGGGUUUCGGUGAGCUUCUGGCCCACGAGUUUGCUUUCCGGUUAGGGUGGAGUUCAACAAAUGUAUGGCCGCGCCAUCGAUCAUCUCAUCCUAUCGGACCCGGUGUCGAAAUGAGAGACGACCCAAGCCAGAGAAGAAGAAGAAAUAGCUCUUUGGACCCAGGCGUGCGGGACGCUGCUUCGUUGGAAUAAAAAGCAACAUAUCUUUGUCUUCGCUUCUAUCAAGACUACAUAUUGAAAGACGUGAAAAACUUUUCCGACCAAAACAUACCGGAAAGUGGCCAUCGAUGAUUUGAGCCGCAGUGUACAUACCACAAAAAGAGCCCGGGUUCCAGUUUCGGCAUAAAAUUGGACAAUUGAGAAAGCAGGAAAGAAGUUGAGGAAGGUCAAGGCCGAUGGACUCGUACAGUUCGGCAAGCACAAUCAAGUCCUGUGCAUGGCCUUCAAAGUCGGAGCCUCUCUGAGCGUUCUCCUCGUUACCUCUUCUCAUCGGGCUAUUGUUUCAUCGCUUUGUACCGUUACUGUUGCAUAGCGUCGCUUGUCAUAUCUCUUAUGUGAUUUGUUGCUGCAUCUGGGGAGCUCAUCUACGCAUUGCUCUCCAGCUUAGAGCACCAGCGUUGAUUGCACUCGCUUGCGUCCCCUUUUGCCCGAUCCCUGAAAUCCUACCACUCGAUACCUAUCUCAGCCCUUUCACCCAUCGGCCGGCCUGACAAUUACCCAUCGCUAUGCCAGUCAUACCUUUUCAUCGGACCGCCUUCAUUUCGGAGGAAAAGGGCAUCGCCCUCGCACCCAGGGAGGCCGAAGAAAACAGCUAUUGGAUUUUCUUUCUUGUCUUCGGCAGCAUCGUCGGGUUCGCCUUGCUCUCCGCAAUGGCGGGAUUGAUCUCAGCCAGGUGUUGCAGCAAGCGGGGCGAUCGAAAAAUCAUCGAGAAGCUAGCAGCUGAGAUAGACGACACGCAGCGGACCCAUGUUGUAUCUGCAUCAGCAUCGUCCCGGUCCAGUCUCACCUUGGUCGAGGAUCCUAUCGUCGAGAGGAGAAGAGCGAACAUGGCGUCUCUGAAUGCUUUGGUUGGCCGCGAGGAAAGGGUCUACGCAGACAAGAAAAGGUCCAGGAGGAGCAGAGGCCGGAAGAGCUCGUCUGUCGCGCUUCCGGUCACGUUGGCCACCCUGAGGAAAUGGGCCAAACGGUCUACUCUCAGUGGUGAUCACAACUCACCGCAGCCAUCAAAUCAUGCGAGCCCGAUCUCGGGUCCCAGUUCAGCAGAUCCAAUCCCAGCGCAUCCGAUUCCGCUACACUGCAAAUCCAGGUGCCAAAUCAGCACCAGCACCAAUUACGAUGAACCCUCACGGGUCAUCGAAGCUAUUCGAUCCCACACCAAACAGACCACAGCGGCGUGAUUGGAGCCCUUAGGACCAGGGUGUGUGACAUCAAGGAAGAUGCUCAGAUAGCUGAGAAGGCGGAGACCAAAGAAACAACGUGGGAAAGGGGCAUCAAGAAUGCUUUGGCAGGUCUGAUGGAGAAUCAGUGCGUCGGGGAUAUUCUUACUCGGGCAUUGGCAGGUGAAAUGGCGAAUGAUGGUGGCAAGCCUACCGAUAUGUGGAUAGAAACGGGACCAACAAUCGUCCAUUCUUAUACCAGAGCACCCCAUGUUCGCCGUAGGUCAAGCACAGCAUCUGAUUCUCGUGGACGGAACCCCCUCAACUUUGCUGAACUGACUGGCCGGAUCCGAAUGAGGACGGGAGCCGAAGCAUGGGGUACCCGUCUUGUCGUCGUCCAUAUGGGUUC